AUGGUUCAAGAAAUUGCUCACCCUGCCGCUAUUAUUGGGGAAACACGGGUUGAUGACAAAUAUAAGAUCUUAGAAGAAAGGUUGAAGGUAGUCGAAUGGUUUAAUGUUUUCGGAGUUGAUGAUAGGGGGAUGUGCUUAGUACAAAACAUGGUUAUACCUCCAAAGUUUAAAACUCCUAAGUUCGAGAAGUACAAAGGCGUCAGUUACCCUAAGAACCAUCUCAGGAUGUUUGUCAGGAAAAUGGUUGCCUAUGCGGCAAAUGAGAAACUAAUGAUGCAUAGUUUCCAAGACAGUCUAAGUAGAGCAUCUCUAGACUGGUACAUGCAGUUUGAGAGAAUCCAUAUCAAGACUUGGGAGGAUCUAGCUAAUGCCUUCCUGAGGCAAUACAAAUAUAACUUGGACAGGGCUCCCAAUUGCAUGCAGUUGCAAAAUCUGUCACAAAAGAGGAACAAAUCAUUCAAGAAGUACGCUAAAAAAUGGAGGGAAUUGGAAUCCUGUGUACAACCUCCGUUGUUGGAGAGUGAACUAGUGGAUAUGUUCAUGGUCACCUUAAAAGGACCAUACUACAAAAAUAUGAUAGGAUCAGUAUCAACAAGUUUUGUUGAUCUGGUGAUAACUGGGGAAAGAAUCAAGAAUGAGUUAAAAAAACUGUAA